CUGGUCAUGAGUGGUGUUCCCCAGGGAUCAGUACUGGGGCAGACCCUGUUUGAUAUCUUUAAUUGAUGGACGAGGCAAUUGAGUGCAGCCUUAGUAAAUUUGUGGAUUACAUCAAGCUGGGAGGAAGUGUCAAUCUACCUGAGAGCAGAAAGGAAGUCCAGUUCCCUACAGAGGAAACUGGACAGACUGAAUCAAUGGGCUGAGGCCAGCUGUGCAUGCUUUGACAGGACCAAGUGUCAGGUCCUGCACUUUGGUCACAACAACCCCAGGCAGCACUACGGGCUUGGGGCACAGUGGCUGGAAAGCUGUGCUGAGAAGGAUCUGGGGGUGUUAGCUGACUGCCAGCGGAACAUGAGGCAGCGGUGUGCCCAGUUAGCCAAGGUGGCCAAUAGCAUGUUGUAUCAGAAAUAGUGCAGUCAGCAGGACCAGGGAGGUGAUUGAUUGUCCUCCUGUACUCUGUUCUGAGCUGUGCACUUUGAGUACCGUGUUCAGUUGUGGGCCUCCUGCUACAAGGACACUGAGGUCCUGAAGCGUGUCUAGAGAAGGACAAUGAAGCUGGUGAGGGGUCUGGAGCACAAGCCUUAUAAGGAGCACUUGAGGGAACCGGGACUGUUUGGUCUGGAGGAGGCUCUGGAGGCCUUACAGCCCUCUACAACUCCCUGAAAGGAAGUUGUGAAGAGGUGGGGGUCGGCCUCUUCUAUGGAGGAACAGUGAUAGGAUGAGAGCGAACGGCCUCAAGCUGUGCUGGGGAAGGCUGAGGCCGGGUAUUAGGAAAAACUCACCCCAAAGAACGGUCAGGCACGCACUGGAGCGGGCUGCCAGGGAGGUGUCGGAGUCACCGUCCCGGGAGGCGUUCAAGUGCAGAUGCGGCACCGAGGACGCGGUUAGCAGUGGUGACGGCUGGGUGCCUGGCCUAGCUGACCGUAAAGGUCUUUUCUCCAGAAUCCCUCGCAGCGACGGCAGCCUCUUCCCGCUGAUCGACGGCAGCCCCAGCACGCUCGGUUUUUACCAGGCAGGCAGGUGUUCCCGAGGCCCGGCCCCCCGCGGCGCCUCACGGCGGGGAGAGCCGCCACCUGUCGUCCCUGGGCACGAGUCACAGGCGUGACGGCAGGCCCGCCUCUUCGGCGGGGCAAGGUCUGUGCCAUGAGCCGGCCCGGCCGCUGGCGCUCCUGUUUGCGCACGGCGCUGCCGUGACGCGGGGCGAAUGGAAACGGCGGAGGCUGUGGCAUCGCUGCCUGAAGACAUGAGACCCGGACCUGAUCUCUACGGUUUCCCUUGGGAACUAGUGAUCGCUGUCAGCAUUGCUGGAGCCUUUACAAUUUUCCUGUUCCUGUAUAGAAGUUAUCAGUCAGUUAGAAGUCGACUUUAUGUAGGAAGGGAAAAACAGCUUGCCAAUAAAAUUGCUGAACUAGUUGAAGAGAAAUGCAAAAUUCUUGAGAAACUCAGCCUUAGCAAAAAAGAGUUGGAAGAUUUAGAAUUGUCUCUAAAGGAUGACAACAUUAUGAAAGAAUCAGAUGCAUCUCUUUUUGAGGAAACACAUGAAAAGCUGAACAAAUCAAACUUGGAACUCAACCAAGAAAUAGAGAAUCUGGAAAAGGAACUGGAAGAAGAAAAAUCCAAACAAUCAGAAAAUGAUAAAUUGGUGGCUGAAAUUCAGGAAAGACUGGAAUCUUUGGAGAAAGAAGCAAAAUGUAUUCAAUCACAAGUUGCUGAGGCCAAGUCCACCCUAAAAGUGUAUCAGAUUAAUACAGAGAGACUGAAGACAUCUCUUCAAGAUGCAAUAGAUGAAAACCGGCAGCUUCAGGAGAGUGAGAAACAGCUUUUACAAGAAGCCGAAGGAUGGGGUGAACGAUUUAGUGAACUAAAUGAACAAACUAAGAUGUUUGAAUCGUCUAAAGCAGAUAUAGAAGAAGUACUGAAAGAUAAAGAGAAUCAAGUCAAGUCAUUGACACAGUACUUAUUAAAGAUGAAAGACUGGAGUUCAGCAGUCAGAGAUGACGAUGAUGCUGAAGACAACCACUGGGACACCGAUUUAAAGGGUGAAACAGAAAAUGGAGAGCAUUUAGAUGAUCAGCAAAAACGAACCAUAAAGAAAUUGAUCUAUGCUGCAAAGUUAAAUGCCUGUUUAAAGACCAUGGAAACAGAAAGAGAUCAAAUGUAUUCAAAAUUGUCUGAUGAAAGUAAAGCUAAGGGAGAACUUACAGAGCGUAUAGAAAACCUCCAAAGUGAACAGGUUUCCUUACAAUCUGAAAAUGAACGUUUGGAAAGUGAAGUUCAAAAGCUUCAGCAGAAACUUAAAGUUAUGACUGAGCUUUAUCAAGAAAAUGAAAUGAAACUACACAGAAAACUGACAGUAGAAGAGAGAGAACGCCUACAAAAAGAAGAAAAGCUUUCUAAAGUAGAUGAGAAAAUUACUCAUGCUGCUGAAGAACUAAACAGCUACAGAGAGAGAGCAAAAGAUCUGGAAGAAGAGCUAGAACGAACCAUUCGUUCUUAUCAGAAUCAGAUUACUUCACAUGAGAAGAAAGCUCACGAUAAUUGGCUGACAGCUCGUGCAGCUGAAAGACAACUCAAUGAUAUAAGAAAAGAAAACGCUCAUAACAGACAAAAAUUAACUGAAGCAGAAUUUAAACUUGACCUUUUAGAAAAAGAUCCUUAUGCUCUUGACGUUCCAGUUAGACCAUUCAGAGAGCAUUCCCCAUAUGGACCCUCACCAAUGGGCCGGCCUUCAUCUGAAACAAGAGCUUUUCUUUCCCCUCCAACUUUAUUGGAGGGUCCUUUAAGGCUUUCACCUAUGCUUCCAGGUGCAGGAGGAGGAAGAGGAUCUAGAGGACCAGGAUCAACUGUCAUGUAUGAAGCCAGCAAUGAACGAGGAGACAUGAGUUCUGAUAGAUUAACUGAUCCUCACAGACCACCAUCAGAUACUGGAUCCCUGUCUCCUCCCUGGGACAGAGAACGCAGAAUAAUUCUGCCUCCAUCAGGUGAGCCUUAUACUGAUUCAGUUCUUCCUCCUCGAAGACAAGAAAGAUUUUUCCCUAAUCCUCCAAAUACUGGAAGGCUUUCUGGACCAGCAGAGCUGCGGACUUACAGUAUGCAGUCUUUUGAGAAGACAGAUGGGCAGACAUCUUCAGAAAAUAGCCCGCUAACAGAACCAACUGGAAAUGAGAUGAAAGAUCAUUCUAAUCUUAGUAACUCUCUCCCUGAUCGAAUGCUGGCAUCUGAAAGUGAAGCAGUUAGCUCAGGGUUUGCUCCUCCACCUUUCCCUCCAGUCAGACCUCCAAUGAUGCCUAUGGAUCCCCGAGGACCCUUCAUGAGACGACCCCCUUUUCCUCCCCCUCCACCUGCUGGCAUCUACGGACCACGUGAAUGUUUUCCAGUACGAGACUUGGGGCUCCCACGCCCUCCACUGCCAAUGAGAAAUCCAUUUCCCAUGAGAUCCUUUCCUCACUAUCCACCUCAGCGACCUGAAUUCUUGCCUCCACCCCCACCUCCUGAAAACAGAAUUGAGUCACCUCAGUCAAAUACGUCAGCCACAGAACAACCAGAACCACAACAAGAGACUUGAAAGGUGUUUGAGCACCAUGCUGAACCAUUUCUCUACUCUUCUAAUGGCAUUUUCCCUUAUGUUAAGUAACUGCUGUUACUUAGGUAUAAAUAAACUACUUUGCUCAAAUUGAAGCUUAAUAGAAAAUUUUCAGGAUAGUAUUUUGUAAAUAGAGAGAACAAAAUAUAACUCACAAAUAUUGUGAAUAAGUGAUUUCCAUUGUACAGUAGUCACUUUAAGUAUUUCUAAUUUAGGUGAUCUCUUCAGAGGUAUAUAAAAUUAAAUAAUGUGAAUUGUUUUAAAAGUGCAGCUGCUUUGUCCUUGUUUAGCUGUACAGGGAAGCUUUGCAUGCUAAAAGUGAUGCUUGCUCUAUGAAUAGAAUGUGAAAAAACUGAAUAAAUAAAAUGUAAAGGUGAUGAAAUAAUUACUUCUGUAGUACCAUGUUAACAGGAAAGUUUCAGGGAAGGGAAGAGGAACCCAACUACAUAUGUACUCUAUUAUUGACUUGUAGGUGAUCUUUCAGCUGAGAAAGCUUCACAGAAUGGCAGAUGACAGCAACUUACCACUGUGGCACAAAGGAAAGGAAAUGUAAAGCAUUCUUAUCACUAUUGAAAACUGCUAGCCUAAGGAAUGUUUCAUUGCAGGUGUUCUGUUUAAGGCAAGAUGCUGUGAAAGCAAGGAGUUACCAUCUUACAGCUGUAUGUGAUACUUCAGCAUCAUCAGACAAUUGUUAUUAGAGAUGCGUGGCCACAGUAAACAGCAGUUGAAGUCCUA